AGUGUGCUGCCACACUUCAGUAUGCCUGGAUCUUGAUGUGCUCCGAAGUGCAAGUCGAACUACGAUGCGAAGUGUUCAAGUGUACGGGUCUACAGGUUCCCUAGUGACCCGCAGCGGAGAGCGGCGUGGACAAAGGCUGUUUCUCGUGAACAUUUUGCGCCUUCUAAACAUACAGUGCUCUGCGAGAAACAUUUCGCUCCAACGGACUUCGUCAGAACGGCAACAUACACGGACGCGCAGACCGGCAAGGUGAUUGAAGUGCCUCUGGAACGCGUUCGCCUAAAAGAAACCGCAGUCCCCAGCGUGUUCGCCAAGUGCCCCAAGUAUAUGUCACGUUCUACACCGUCCGCUCGAGAGGCACCCGAAGAAAAGAAAGCCCGAUUAGAAGCGGCAUCGUUGCGAACAGCUAUUGAGCUUUCUGUAGCUGCAGAAGAAGAAGAAAACCGGAAGAACAAAGUCGGCAGUUUCGCGGAGUUUUGCCGUGCUCUUUCAAACUUUUCGGUGUCGGAAUUCUGGACCGUAAUCAUCAAGGACUCAAAGGUUCUGUUUUUGGACCUAGCACUUGACCGUGCCCCCGCUGUGCGUAGUUCAGUGACUGUGUCAGUCGACUUGCGCAUUAACGUGUUUAUCGGAGAAGCCAGCAUCGAGAACCUUCCCAGUGUCAAUGUGCCUUCACCUUUCCGAGACCUCAGGCAACUAAAUGAAGUAUUGCAGUCUGUUGAGCUACUACAGGUGAGCGGCUCUGCUGAUGACAGCCAAAAAGCUCACCGUCUUCUGGAAAUUGUGUUGAUGCUGCUGCAGGAUGUGUGCAGUGAGUACCAGUUGCAAGAAUGGCAUGGAUGGCAAUUGGAAGUACUCAAAUUUGUAAGCAGCCAAUUGGAACUUAUUUUGAAAAAUUCUCCACGCUACUCUCCAGAAAUGCUUGUUUUUGCAGGGCUGCUGUUUACCAUAUCAUCGCAUGCUUAUAACUUCGUCCGAAGCUCAAUGAAAGUGAAAUUACCCCACCCUGCUACCAUAAGGCGCCUAUGUUCAUCCUAUCACGUGAGCCCUGCCCUAGAGCAGCACGACUCUUCUUUCCUUAACUACGCCAACUCGAUCUUAAAUCUGAUGAAAGAGCACGAACGAACUGUGACUUUGAUGAUGGAUGAGAUCCAUUUAAAAGCAUACUUUGACUACAAAGAUGGAUUCAUCGCAGGUGCUGCUGCCAACAAUUCUUGUCCAGCUAAAACAGCUCAUGUUUUCAUGGUGCAGAGCGUUCUCUCAAAUCAUAAAGAGGUUGUUCAUAUUAUGCGAGUGGCCCAGAUUGAUGCAAACACUUUGCAUGAAUUCUUAAGAAAGCUAAUCACUGACCUAGAGUUAAUAGGAUUCAGAGUUAUAGCAGUUGUCUCGGACAAUAAUUCAAUAAAUCGGAAAGCAAUGAAGUUUUUUGCGAACCCUCCUAAGCAAAGCAUUGUGUACCAGCAUCCAGCUGAUCCGUCUCGGCCACUAUUUUUUAUUUUAGACACGUUCAUGUCUUGA